UUCGCAUUCGAUUUAUUCAAAAGUCGUCCGUCGCGUGUGAUCCGCAAUGGUUUUCUGAAAACUUUGGUGUUUUAUUAUUUAAACUAGCUCAUUACAAAAAACCCAUGAAAAUGGCUGGACCAGUGAAGCAUACCACCGAGAAAGCAUUGCAAAUGCUCAGAACCCUCCCACGUGUUUCUCUGGCCAACAUACGGGACAACCCAAACUCGAAACAGCCGACUAAACGAGGCCGUGCUCAACACGGGGGAGACAAACACGGUGCCGGAAACAAGGGUUCGGGCCAACGUCAAAAUUAUAUGCGUCUCGGCUACGAAACCGGAAACACCCCGUUCUAUCUCCGGUUUGGCUACGAACCGUACUAUAAGGGCCACCAUCUGAAGCGUGAAUAUCCGCCGAUAAGUUUGCACAAGCUUCAGAAACUGAUUGACACGAACCGGAUCGAUAAGACCCAACCGAUCGAUCUGACCACAAUCUGCAACACCGGACUGUUCCAGAUCCAACCGGAACGUUUGCAUUACGGAGUUCAGCUGACAGACGAAGGAGCGGAUGAAUUUCGAGCGAAAGUUAACUUGGAGGUUCAGCACGCUUCGGAGUUGGUGAUUGCGGCUGUGGAACGUAACGGAGGUGUCAUCCGAACGGCAUAUUACGACCCGCACAGUUUGUUUGCGGUGGUUAAUCCGAAAAAGUGGUUCGAGAAGGGAGUUCCGAUUCCAAGACGGAUGCUGCCUCCUCAGGAUGCCGUGGAGUAUUAUACCGAUGCAAAGAACCGCGGCUAUUUGGCCGAUCCGGAAGAAAUUAGCCGGGAAAGGUUGGCGUUGGCACAGAAGUACGGUUACGAGUUGCCACAGAUCGAGAAGGAUCCCGAUUUCGAGAUGCUAUCUCAAACCAAAGAUCCGAGGCAGAUCUUCCUGGGUUUGCAUCCGGGCUGGGUCGUGAGUUUGAAAGAUCAAGCCAUCAUCAAGCAGAAGGCUAGCUCAUGAGGUGGAUUUUGAAGGUAAUAGAUUUUGUUCUACGUUUAA